AUGGCCGCCAUCAAGCCCCUCGCUAUCAUAGCCGGUGUAGGACCAGGAACCGGUGCCUCAGUCGCUCUAAGAUUCGCUCGCGAAUACACUGUGAUCCUUCUAUCUCGCACUGCCUCGUCUUUUGAUUCAGUUGUUUCGGAGAUCAAGUCAAACGGCGGAGAAGCCUACGGAAUCCCCACCGACAUCUCGAACGAAAAAAGUGUGAAGGAUGCAUUUGCACAGAUCAAGUCUAAUCAUGCGGAUACGCCGGUAGCUGCUGCAAUCUUCAAUGCCGCAGGUGGAUUUGUCAGAAAGCCAUUUUUGGAAGUUACACUGGGUGAAUGGGAUGGAACUUGGGCCGUGAACGGUCGUGGGGCAUUCCUUUUCUCCCAGUCAACCCUUCCUCUUCUAUCAGCAAGCACGAAUCUUCCUCAUCCACCAACACUGAUCUUCACCGGUGCAACCGCAUCUGUGAAGUCUUCCGCUCUCUUUACAACCUUUGCCACGGGAAAGUUUGCAUUGAGAGCACUCAGCCAAUCUCUUGCCAGAGAGUUUGGACCCAAGGGUGUUCAUAUUUCCCAUGCAGUGAUCGAUGGGGUGAUUGAUAUCCCGAGAACUAAAGAGUGGUUGACUGAGGUCCCUGAUGCCAAGAUUAGCUCCAAUGCAAUCGCGGAUGCGUAUUGGCAUUUGCAUACACAGCCUAGGACAGCGUUUACAUGGGAGAUUGAUAUCAGGCCAUAUGUCGAAAAGUGGUAG